AUGAAACGUCCAGUAAAUGAUUCUAUUGUAUUAACAGAACCAGAAGCUAAUAUACGAGAAGUGUUAGUUGAUUAUUGCAAUUAUUAUAACACACGAGAUGGAGUUGAAGAGCCUUUAGAAUUAAGAAUUACUGGUGGAUGGGUUAGAGAUAAAUUAUUGGGGAAUGAAAGUCAUGAUAUCGAUAUUGCAGUUAAUCAUUUGACUGGAGAAGAAUUUGCUCAUAAUUUACAUGAUUAUUUAUUAGAGCGUGAACCAGAAUUAUCUAUGAAAGCUAUUCACACUAUAAAGAAGAACCCGGAAAAGUCUAAGCAUUUAGAAACAUGUACUACUAAAUUAUUUGGAGUUGAUAUUGAUUUUGUUAAUUUAAGAUCGGAAGAAUAUACUCAUGAAAGUAGAGUUCCUGUAAUUGAAUUUGGAUCACCUGAAGAAGACGCGUUGAGAAGAGAUGCUACAUUGAAUGCAUUGUUUUAUAAUUUGAAUCAAAAUAAAAUUGAAGAUUUUACUGGGAAGGGGUUAGAAGAUUUACAUCAUGGACUUUUAAGAACUCCAUUGCCUCCAUUACAAACAUUUUUGGAUGAUCCAUUGAGAAUUAUUAGAUUGAUUAGAUUUGCUAGUAAAUAUAAUUUCAUUCUUGAACCAAGGACACUUAGUGCAAUGAAGGAUAAACAAAGCCAAGUUGCCUUGCUGACUAAGAUUAGUAAGGAAAGAAUUGAAAUUGAAUUACGCAAGGUUUUAACUAGUAAGAAUGCAGGAUAUGGAUUACAAUUGAUCAAUUAUACAGGUUUAGCUCCUUUUAUAUUCCAUGUUGCCUCUAUGGAAAAGAUUUUCAAUAAAGAACAAAUUGAUGCAUGUCGUGCCAAAAUACCUGAUCAAAUUACAUUAGCUACAAUUGCAUAUAGCAAUUUAAAACAUUUUAUAUUGGGAGAGACUAGGAAAUUAAAACAUGCGUUGGCAGAUUUAAUAAUAAGUGAAGAUCAUAUGAAUAUUUUUUGGCUUGCCAUUAUUUUACAACCAUAUGCUGCCAUUCGUCCAUCUAGAUUAAUCACUGCAAUUGGUACAUUUAUGAAGGAUGGGCUUAAAUCGAAGAGAUUAGAUAUUGUCCGAGUUCAGACAAUAGCUACAGCAUACAGCCAUGAAACCGAUGUACUUUCACGAUUCUUCAAGGAUCCUGAAUCGAUAAAAAGAUCAGAAUUAGGACUUUAUCUUAGACAAUUUGGUGAUUACACUGAAGUGAAUCUUAUGGCAUGUUGUAUGCUUGAUUGCAUCUAUGAAUUGAAAUCAGUUUUCCAUAUACCAGAAGAAUUACCCGUUCCAUACCCUGAGCAUAGUAAAGAUUUGUACGAAAAUAAGGAGAUAAAUGAAGUUAUACAUAAAAUAGUACUAAACUAUGAAAAAUUAUUUAAAAGAAUUGAAGAAUUAGAAUUGAAGGAUGUUCAUUUAGUUAAACCAUUAAUCGAUGGAACUACAUUAUCAAAAUAUUUAGGAUUAAAACCAGGACCUUGGUUAAAAGAUAUUACUGAUGAUAUAUUGAUAUGGCAAUUGGAUAAUAAAGAAGCAGGAAAAGAUGAAUGUUUAGAGUAUGUAGAUAGUGUUGCCCAGACAUAUAACCCUUUAUAG